GAAUCAUAUUACUAAUUUUGUUAAUCUUCUGUCCCAUACAUGUACGCAGACCAUAACUCAAAAUUUGAUGACAGUUCUUAUCAAGGACAUGAAGUUGUUGAUUCUGCAGAUGAUUCGGAUGAACCAGUCGAUCCCGAAUUCAUUAAUCUUUUAGAAGAUAUUGAAGGUAAUGAACAUGAGAACAUCGAUCUGUACUCCGUAUUGGGUGUUGACAAAAAUGCAUCGGCAGCUGAUCUGCGCAUGGCAUACAAACGUCUUUCCCUGUUGUUCCAUCCGGAUAAGCAUUCUAUUUCGACACCAGAAGAUAAUGAGAAAAUUAAUUCAAAUUCAUCUGAUGCGGUGGCUGCAUUCAGUCAAAUUGCUUCAGCUUAUGCGAUUUUAAGCAAUCCUGAACAACGUGCUAUUUAUGAUAGUUUUGGUUAUAGAGGGUUGCAAAUGCAGGGGUGGCAAAUAGCGAGUUUUCAAAAAUCAGCACCUGAACUUCGUUUGGAAUAUCUUCUUUUGAAAGAAAAAGCUCGAGUUUCAAAGCAACUUCAGUUGACACAACCAACCUCGGAAUUUUCUCUUGGCUUAGAUUUAACGGAUGUUUUUGAUCGUUAUUUGAAGGAGCCACCAGAGGAUCGUUCAUUGAUUCCAAUUCCAUCAAUUUAUGAGCUUUCUGUUGCUCAAUCUAUCAAUGCUGGUAUCAGCAUAAAAAACUCAGUAAGUUUAGCUGGUCAGGUGACAGCCCAUAAUGGUGUAGGGAUAGGGACAUUUCUUGCUAUAUGGCGGCAUCACUGCUCCAGAAAUUCAAUUUUCGGUCCAACUACAAUCGAUACCGAGUUUUCUUACGGUCGCGCUGGUCGUGGAUUGAGUACUGGUAUACGAGCGAGGCGAACUUUUGGACAGCGUCUCCAUGGUAGUUUAGGUUUAUCUCUAGCUAGUUUAUAUGAAAGAUCUCCCAAGUCGAGUAUAAAUCUAAUCCCUGGUAUUUCUGCUGGUGUAAAUGUCCAGUUGUUAUCUCAUGUACAUGCACACUUGGAGUUACGUUGUCUCAUGAAUCCAGGUUUAUCGAGUGAAUUGUUCUUUACUUCUGCUGACGGUGAGUAUAAUGCCCGAAUUUCAUGUAAACUUAACGCAUCCGGUUAUGCAAGCCUUUCCCUGUUACUGGAAAAGUCCGUCUCGUGGACUUGGCUAAAUCCACCUCGAGGAUCUGGUGUAAUUGAUAAAGAAAAUGUUCCUGGACCUGAUUGUGAUUGGGCAGAUUCAGAUAAUUGUGAUUUGGAACAACAGCGACGCGGUAAAGGCAAUAUAUCAUGCACCAUUGGUGUUAACACCACAGACAUUGGUGAAUUCUCUCUAGGUGCACAGUGUCAAAUUUCCGCUCAUUCUAGAAUCGCAGGUCAGAUUCGUCUGAGCAUUCAAAAAGGUGUAACUGUUAAAAUUAGCCUUUUACGAGGUACUCAGACAUAUUCUUUUCCUUUUAUUCUAUCUGAUCACCCUGACAGAGUUGCUUUUGGUUACGGUUUAAUUUUCCCCAUACUUGCAUUUUCGGCUAUUCGCGUGUUGGUCUAUGAACCUUAUUUAUCUCGUCAAUUAAAAAUUGCACAAAAGUUUCGAAGAGCUAAACUGCGCGAAGAACUGAACAGAAAACGCCGUGAAGCAUUGUCCACUCAGGAACUCAUGAGAAGAGCUGCAUCACGAAGUAAACGGAAUGAAAUGUCUAUUUCCGGUCUUAUCAUCGAUCAGGCAAUAUAUGGUUGCCUUUCACCAACCUCUGAUCCCACUACUUUAUCUGAUGCUGGUGGUCCACUUACGUUUGAUGUGACUAUACCCCUCCAAGCUAUGAUAGAAAAAAGUCACUUACGCUUACCACCUGGUCGGUGGUGUGAUUUCCAAGGUUUCUAUGACCCCUGUGUUGGUUUAUUAGAAAAUCCACGUCAACUUCGUGUGUCAUAUACUUUCCAUAAUUUCCCUCAUGAGGUCACUGUCAAUGAAAAUCAAGGUCUAGCUAUCCCAAUGUCCAAGCAUAAAGUUGCAAUUCCUUAA